UUGUAAAACCCUAAUUGAGUAUAAUAAACAUUUGUUUUAGAGGAUCCUAUUUUAUUAAUAUUCCAUCAAAAAUACUUGUCACGUAAGGAAAUUUCAAUCCCACUCUCAAAACAUUCUCCUAAGAUUCUACUUCCCAUACAGACCCUCCUUUCCUUUUCUUUUCAGCAUUCAUGGAAAAUUGCCAUCUUUUGCACCCAUGCAUGCAGAAAAUUCACAAACCCUCAAACCGAACAGAGAAGGAGAGAAAAAGCAUAAAUACAUAGCCUUUUUCAAUCAUCUUCUACAACCAAAAACUAACCCACAGCAGCUGCGUGUAGUUUGUGUUUAUUCGUAAUGAAUUCCACCAAAAACCAAAGCCCCCGUAUCUUGAUGUUCCCAUGGUUAGGCUAUGGUCACAUAACACCCUAUCUCGAGCUAGCCAAAAAACUCACAAUAAAAGGCUUCUACAUAUACUUGUGCUCCACUCAAGCCACACUCUCUUCCAUCGAGAAAAAAAUCACUCAAAAUUUCUCUAACUCCAUAGAACUAGUGCCCCUUUUGUUGGAGGUUUCAUCAGAGCUCCCUGCAAAGUUCCACACCACCAAUGGCCUCCCACCCCACCUCAUGGUCAAGCUGAAGGAGGCCUUCGACAAAUCCGUCGAAAAUUUCUCAGCUAUUCUGAAAAACUUGAAGCCUGACCUGCUCAUCUUCGAUUUCCUGCAGCCGUGGGCCCCUUUGCUUGCCGAAGCUCAAAAGAUCCCAUCUGUUAUAUUCAUCACUAGUAGCUCUGUCAUGACCAGUCUCAUGUUCCACCACUUCAAGAAUCCGGACACUGACUUCCCUUUCAAGAACAUAAGGUUUCGUGACUACGAGUCUCGUUUCAUGGAUGAGUUGUUGGAGAAUGCUAGGGAUUGUAGGGAGAGAGAGAAGGGCUCUAUAGGAGUUGACAAGUCUUGCAAGAUUGUUCUGAUCAAGGGGUUUAGGGAGAUUGAGGGGAGAUACAUUGAUUAUGUAUCUGGUUUGGUUGGAAAGAGGUUUGUCCCUGUUGGCCCUCUUGUUCAAGAGCCCUCUUUAGAUGAUGGUGGGAGCUCAGAGAUCUUUUCGUGGCUGGACAAGAAAGAGGUGAGAUCGACUGUUUUUGUCUCUUUUGGGAGUGAGUACUUCCUUAGUAAGGCAGACAUGGAUGGGAUUGCUCAUGGUUUGCUGCUAAGCAAAGUUAACUUCAUUUGGGUUGUGAGGUUUCAAGAAGGUGUGGUGCAGAAUGGUUUUCUUCAAAAGAAGUUUCCAGAAGGCUUUCUUGACAAGGUUGGAGAUAGGGGUAAGAUUCUGGAAGGUUGGGCGCCACAGACAAAGAUCCUAGUACAUGCAAAUGUGGGAGGCUUUGUCAGCCACUGUGGUUGGAACUCUGUGAUGGAGAGCUUGAAGUUUGGGGUUCCUAUCAUUGCGGUUCCGAUGCAUCUCGACCAGCCCAUCAACGCUAGGCUAGUCGAGGAGAUCGGUGUCGGGAAGGAGGUGGUGAGAGACAGAGAUGGGAGGCUGCAUGCAGAAACAGUGGCUGCAGUCAUCAAUCAUGUUGUGGUGGAAGACGGUGGUGGAGAUGUGAGGGGGAAGGCUGCUGAGAUGAAGGCGAAGCUCCACUCGAAGGGCGACCAAGAGAUCGACGAAGUUGCUCAAGAACUCAUGAGCAUUUGCAGCAAGAGUUCAACCAAUAUAGUAUAUUAUGGUAGCUUGUUUUAGUCCUUGGUUUUCAGCAGCAUAUUGAUUUUAGUGGUGUUUUGCUUAUUGUGUUGCUCUGUCUAUUUAAUACAGAGAA